CUCUCUCGUCAAUCUCAACGUCAACCAAAACCCUAAUCCCUCUUUUGUUAUCCCUCUUUUGUUUCCCCUCUGUGAUUUUCAUUUCCCGUCUCGGCAACUAUGCAGAACCCUAAAGUCUUCUUCGACAUGACCAUCGCUGGCCAACCCGCCGGCAGGAUCGUGUUUGAGCUCUUUGCCGACACCACUCCCCGGACCGCCGAGAACUUCCGCGCCCUCUGCACCGGAGAGAAGGGAAUCGGUAGGAGCGGCAAGCCGCUCCACUACAAGGGCUCUGUCUUCCACCGUGUGAUCCCGAACUUCAUGUGCCAGGGAGGCGACUUCACCGCCGGAAACGGCACAGGCGGUGAGUCGAUCUACGGCGCCAAGUUCGCCGACGAGAACUUUGUGAAGAAGCACACCGGUCCCGGCAUUCUCUCCAUGGCGAACGCCGGUCCAGGAACCAACGGAUCUCAGUUCUUCAUCUGCACAACGAAGACGGAGUGGCUCGACGGCAAGCACGUCGUGUUCGGUCAGGUCGUUGAAGGACUGAACGUGCUGAAGGAAAUCGAGAGGCUCGGAUCCAGCUCUGGCAAGACCUCCAGGCCCGUCGUCAUCGCCGACUGCGGUCAACUCUCCUAGAUGGACGGCGUUGACCCGAGGCGGUUGUCUCUAUGCUGGUGGCUCUGAAUCUGUGUCGUGUUUUCAGUGUUGUUUUUCCUCUUUUUUUUCUCCUGUCUUAUAGAGGGAUUGUGGCGUUAUAGAUAUCAUCUGGAACCCUUCCCUUUGAAUCCUUUCCUUUGUUUCUAGUAUCAGUAUGUGGUCAUAGAGUGAUUCGAGUGUGUCAUCAGAAACAUAAAAAUGAUGAGCUACCUUCAAUAAAAAUUUAGGACCGUUAUUGUUCGCCUAAUUUUAUC